UAGACACCCAAAAAAUACAUUUGACGAAGCAACAAAAUGAGAUACUCGUAUAGCAAUUGCUCCUUUAUCAUUCAAGACAAGUUUAAGAAGCACCCAAAAUUUCAAUCAAGAUUCAAAAAUUGAUAUUGCAAGGAAAUGAUUCAAAUGAAUGGACCAAAAAGUUUAUAUGCGCCAUAUGAGAAAAAACAGUGGCCGUCACCACACCAGAGAAGCUUUGGGUUCCGAUGGCAGCUUGAACGAUGCAACUAUAGAAGAAACUCGGUCAGGGGGACAACAAGAAAUAUGCUAAGGAAAAAAUAAGAAGAAUUGAGGCCAAGGAGGCAAAAGAAAAGGAGAAGCAAGUGGCGAAAGAGGGGGGUGGCCACUCUUCCACUGAUUCCGAGUCUUAUGAAUUUUAAAGCUAUAGUAUGGAACGUGAGAGGUUUGAAUAAACCCUCCAAACACUCUACUAUUUCUAGCUUUGUUAAAUUUAAUCAUGCGAGUUUAUGUUGUUUUUUGGAAACAAAAAUGGCAAAAAAUAAUAUUUUUAAUUACGUUUCUAGUAAAUGGCCGGGUUGGUCUUUUGAAACUAAUUUUGAUUUUAUUGAUGGGGGCGUAUGUUGGUUUUUUGGAAUCCGAAUUUAUUAACGUGUACUAUGAUUGAGAUGGGAGCCCAACAUAUGCAUUUUAAAUGUAUUUUUCGCACUACACAAACCGUUUUAUACGCCACAUUUGUCUAUUCACUUUACACCGUGUUGGAGCGAAAGGCUUUGUGGGAACACCUUGCCUUACUUGGGGACCAAAUUAGGGACCCUUGGCUCAUUGCGGGUGAUUUUAAUUGUGUGUGCUCCCCGAACGAGAGGGUUGGUUCUUCCACACCCUCGGCCUAUCUUAUGAAGGAUCUAACUGAUUUUAAAAUCCGUGCUAGCCUAGAAGAUGCCCCCCCCUCCACCGGAGAAUUCUAUACAUGGAAUAAGGGCUCUCUUUGGGCUAAGCUUGACCGAGUUUUAUUAAAUGAAACUUGAGAUCAUUUGGGGAUUAAUUGUAAGACCCAUUUCGAUGAAAUGGAGGUUGAGUUUGACCACACGGCCACUGUUGUAUCUAUACUCAAUAAUUCCUCUUUAAGGCCGAAAUCCUUCAAAUUUUAAUUUUUAACAUGUGGAUUCAACAUUCUGCAUUCACUAACCUAGUUUUGCAGCACUCGAAUGUUUAUAUUGACGGCACGGCUCAAUAUCAAAUUGUUAGGAAACUUAAGUUGCUAAAACAACCCCUUAAGAAUCUUAACAAAUUGGAGUUCGGCCAUAUUUCUACUAAAGCAAAGAGCUAAAGAUGAGUUCAAAAGGCUGAAUAAAUGUUGCUUACUUCACCACAUGAUGCCG